AUGGCGCCUACGGAAGGUGACGCAACCGCGGACUCGCGGCCGGGCAGAUUUGUGCGAUCGAGGAAGCGCUUCAAGGCUUACACAUGGAAGUACAAGAAAACCAUCUCGCCAAUCGCGUCAUUCGUCCUGGUGGUCAACCAGAUGAUCGGAUACGGAAUGAGCGAUAUCCCGUGCGUGAUGCGUGAGGGAGGAUGGCUGUACGCCCUGCUGGCGAACAUACUAGUCGCGGUCUUGGCCGCGGUAUGCAGCCUCAUGCUGCUGCGUGCCAUGACGCUGAUCCCGCACAACGAUAAUUUCGACCAUCGCAUCGAGUACAACACCCUGGUCAAGUACUACCUCUCGGACCACAACUUCCGCAUGGUGGCGCUGUUGCACCACGCCGGGGACCUCUGCAGCGUUGUUUGCGGCAUACUCGCGUUUUCGAAGCUCGUAGACAUGCUGCUAGUGCGAAUAUUCGGUUGGACGCUGGCGCUGCAGGUCUACCCGCACGCCAGCUUCGGCCGCGUCGACAUGCGCACCGUGACAGCCAUCUACGAGUCAAGCGUCAACAGCGGCACGGACGGCCCGACCUUCACGCUCGCCAUCACCCUGGGGUAUGUCCUCUGCGCUGCGUUGUGCCUGCGCCUCAGCGCGUGUGCGCUGGAGGAGACCAUGGGAUUCCACGUCUUCUCAUUCCUGGCGCUGAUCGGCUGCACCAUGCAGCUCGCACUCUUCGGCUUCGCUCGCUACCUGGGCGGAGUGCGGGCCGCAAAGCCGCCAGCGAUAGGUGGCACGCGUUUCAGCAAGGUCAUCCUGACGUUUGUGGAGAACUUCAACGUCGCCAGCUCGACGCCGUCCUGGGCGAACGAGAUGACAAGCGACGUGAAGGUCGUCAGGACGAUGUGGACGAGCACCUUUUUCACCUCCGCAAUGUACCAUGUCUUGGGGUACAUCCUGUGCGUCGGCUUCCCGGCAAACAGCGGGAGCAUAGUCAGCGACAUACUGCUCAGCAACACCAGCCUCUUGACGCAUGCAGCCAUAUGCCUGUUCGUGGCCGUUAACGUGCUGCCCGAUGUCGUUUUCGGCACCAUCAGUACCAAGUACAACCUGCUGAACUUGGGGUACUGCGGAUCGAAGUCGGCGUACUUUUGGGGCUGCGUCCUGCCGUUCACCUUCACCUGGAUGCUGUCCAAUGAGUCCAUUUUCUUCGAAUACCUGGGGCACAUCGGACUUAUAUCAGCGCUCUUCUGCGAUUUCGUGAUUCCGGUGGUGGUCUACAAAGUGGCGAACGACAGCAUGGCAGACUUUAUGGACGCGGCGGCGGGAUACGAGGGGCGCAUGAACGCCGACGGCAGCUACUACCUGGGAGAUGGUUCGAACGGUGUGGACACAUUUCUGAAGCGCGGAACUAGCAUCCUGUUCAAUAAAAUAGGCAGCAUCAGCCGCGCCUUCACGAUGGACAUGCGCCAGAAACCGAUUGCUGAGGACCUGUUGAAGAGCGACUCGCUCAGACCCGAGGCAUUCCACAACAUCGCACGACAGCAGUCGGAAAUGGAUUUCGGCGGACUGGACUUCGCGAAGUUCAGGAUCAUACGCCCGCCUCUGAUGCCCAGACCCGACGACCACCUCUACAACGUCAUCGUCCCUCAAAGGCGACCGGGGCGCGUCAUGUUUGAAGGCCUGGGUCUAUGUGAUCCCGACUUGGAUGAUGAUGAGACGCUCUCAACGCCGCCGCAGUCGGAUCGGGCUGCGAGCAAACAGCGGGUGGAGGUGUUCCCAGUGCAGUUCCUCGAGCGGCACAGCACGAUGGUGACGCAUCUCAUCCUGUCGUUGCUGGCAGGGAUGAUGGUCAUGCCCAUGGUAUCGCGCUUCAAAUUGUAG